AUGAGUGCAGUACCUCUUGCCCGCUCCGACUCCGCGGGCUCGUCGUACGCCUCUGCUCCCUCUUCCGUGAUCUCUCCCGCAUCUUCCCAGCCAUCCUCGGCAUCCGGACACGCCAAGGCCCACCUUCCGAACGAGCUUCUGCGACACAUCUUCUUGUACUGCGAUCCGGCCACGCUGUACACCACGGUUCGUGCACUCAACAAAUCUUGGAAACAUGCUGUUGAGCAUGAUCUCAUCGCAACCCACUUUGCCAACAAGGACUGGCGGGUCGGUCUUCGCGUCACUCGCAAGCUGCCAAGCACCCUCUCGGAGGAGGAGGUCAACGAUGCUCAGCGACAACAGGCUGACGACGAUCUCUUCCGACUCAAUGUCCUCAACCGCCGUGGCGCCCAAGAGCCCUUCAACAUCAACGCGCAGCCCAGGACGGUCACCCACGUCAUUCCGCUCACUUUCAAGGCCUACGACGAGGAGAAUGUGUCGCUGCGCUUCGACACCGACUCGACCUGGCACUCGCUCUUCCAAGUAGCCCAGCCCGAUUCGGACGAGGAGGAUGCUGCACCGAACAACCCUGCGCCCGCCAAUGCUAACAACCGCCAAGUCGACGACACGGAUGACUCGGACAGAAGCGACGAGGAUGAAGAAGCUCCUCAACCGGCUGCAGGGACAGUCCAUGUUGCCGCCAACGGUCGACGUGAGCGACAGGAAGACUUCGGAGCUGCCGCUGCCCGAGCGCGCGCUAGAGCCGAGUCUGCCAGGCUCGAGCUCGACUUCGGCCUUGUCUGGCGCUUCCCCGAUGACGGUCAGGACGCGGAUGUGUACCAGAUCAAGAAGAAUGAUGCCGCCUCUUGGGGCCAGCCGGAUCCGGAGAACGGCUGGUUGAGUCGCUUCUACUGUUCCAACUUUGACACUGUCAGCUCAGCAGCCACGUCGAGCGCUCCUUCAGGAACAGCUUCGCCGGCUGUGCUCCAGUCUACGCCGCUCACGCGCAGGACGCGCAGCAGCCGCCUCCACUCGUCCGUAGAGAGACGCAUGCACGACGUGGUAGACGACGAUGAGGACGAAGGCUUCUCACCAGCUCAGAUGAUCUGGAGCGACGAGGGUCACGAGUACAUGUCGCUCGAUCUUUCGCUGGGCAUGGAGUUCUUCGUUCGCCGCUCGGCUCGCGCUAACCAGCUGGUGCGAAGGCUCGAGGCGGCAGCAGCUGCAGCUGAAGCGCGCGACGUGGUAGCCCAGCUCACGCGCAAACUCAAGAAGGGCAAAAAGUCGGCCAGAAAGUCGGGCCUCUCGAGCCUCAAUCCGUCCGCAGCUGGCUCUGCCUCAGGGUCUGGUUGGGCGACCCCGCUAGAGGUAGCGAGCCCGCCUCCAUCGCGCAUGACGGCUACAACUGAUCCGAGACGUCGUGCCAUGCAGAAUUCGCUGGGCAGAAACGCAUCCACCUCGAGACUCGCCAGCGGCAGCUCACCGCUGAAGGGCAAGGAAGCGACGAAGGACGAAGACGCAGCGGACGAGGAGCGAGGCACGACGUCGCCAGAACAGACGGCCUCAGCACCCAACCUGCUAUCGCCGUCGAUGGUGCCGUCGCGCUACAACUCGGUCGCACCUUCUAGACAAGGCGGCGGCAGUGUCGGCAACGCUACGUCUUACGGCACUCGCUCACGCGGCGCGGGGGGCAGCAGUCGAGCAGGAGGAAGCAGCGCGCCUCGUGCGACGUUCCAAGCCAAACUGCUUCGUGCGGAACGCAUGCCUUCGCGUCCAUCGACGCCUCCUCCCGCCGGCGAAGACGAAUCGUCCGACUCGGCGACGGCCACCACACCUUCGGAUCGUGCUGGAUGGACGGGUGGCGACAAAUUCGGACGUGGAGCAUAUCGUCUUGCGCAAGAGUGGUCGGAGGACUUGGAAUCGGACAAGUUCCAGGAUGCUCUUUCCAAUAGCGGUGUCACCACACCCGUCACUUGGACCUGGUCGAGGUAG